AUGAGAUUUGAAUCCCUUGUUCUCCUAUUCCUUAUUUUGUUGGCUUCUGUCAACAUGAAUCAAGCUAUACCAGGCGGUUGGAGUCCAAUCAAGAACAUCACUGAUCCAUACGUGAUUGAAAUAGCUCGUUUCGCAGUCGUCGAGUACGACAAGCAAAAAGGAGCAACGUUGGAGUUUGAGAAACUUAUCAAGGGUGAAUCACAGGUCAUUUCUGGGACCAACUAUCGCCUCACUCUUUCUGCCAAAGACGGUUCAUCAUCUAACAACUAUGAAGCCGUUGUGUGGGAUCAGCCAUGGAAGCACUUAAGGAACCUCACUUCCUUUAAACGUGCUUGA